GAAACUGUAUUGUGGCCUAGGCUUGGUGCUCCUUUUUGGAUUUUUACUUUUAAUUAGUAUCUCCGAAGGGAUUCCUGGAUUCUCUAGACAACAAAAACCAUUAAACAUCACUGCCGAUCCGAAUUUUCCCGGAAUAAUAUACAACAUCAUAAGUAAACCUCAAAAUGCCAACACACCAUUUGUAAUCUCCCCCUUGGGAAUAUCACGAGUUUUGGGACUUCUGCUUUUCGCUAUGAAAUUCGCUUCGUCUGAAGAAAUCAUCAGGAUCUUAUAUCCGAAAAUACGCGGAAAUUCAAGUGAUCUUCCACCUCGACCCCAGAUCUUGCCACUGCAACAGACGGCCAUAAAAGAGCUCACUGCUGUUCUGGUGCAUCCCAGCAUACCUAUAAAUGUUUUUUUUGAGAUCGAGGCUGAUGAUGUCAGUGCCUUAUUGUUAAAGACAACGUUUGAGAAGGAGAACCUAGAGAAGCUCGACAAGAUCGCUGAGAAGUCCUUGGAUAUGCCUCGAGUUUUUAGUAAAUUUUUUCCGUUCGGUCCGUCAAAUCGAAUAAUAUUCUUCAAUUAUCUUCAGUUUAAAGGACAAUUUGAGAAUCGUUUAAAGUUUGAUCCGUUUCAUAAAUGUGAGAGAGUGAAUAGACUUCUAACACUAUUUGAAUAUAAUAAAGAGCUGGCUACCGCUAUUGUUGGACUUCGAUUUAGGAAAAGCAAUGCUAUCUUACUCCUCAUGCAGCCCAUGAAUACUCGGGGGGACCAAGGAUCAUUGCCCGAUUUGGAAAAGGCUCUGAAGACCGUAGAUCUGAGAAAAAUACGCCGGCGACUAAGAAUCAGAAUGUUACACUUAUGCUUACCGAAAAUAACUAUGUUCAGUAGCUUCAAUUUGAAGGAGUCCCUAAUCCAGGCCGGAGUUAAAAGAGUCUUCGACUCUUCGAUAGUUGACGCGCCUAGAUAUGCGGAGAGGGUGGAUCAAAAGCAGGAAAGGUUGCCUCUUGAUAAUAUUCGGGUUUCUACACACUUUUUGAUGGAGGAAGAUGGCAUCACAUUUGCCCAUUAUCCUGCAAAGAAUGUGACUUACGAGUAUGUACCAGGAGACAUCAAGGAAAUCGACCUGGAAGGUGUCGUCAAUAUAAGCAUGAAAAGGUUUAUUUAUGCUGUAGUCGAUCCUCAGCAAGUCUAUCUAAUGGGACGCUAUGUGAAAGAUUGAUAACGUUUAUUUUUUCUGAACUUUUGUGAAAGAAUAAAGCUGCAUAAUCCCUUUCUUCCCA